GUCUCACAAGCACACUGGUGCUCCUAUAGUGAGUACGCCGGUGCAGUGCGGUGAUGUGAACAAGGUAUCGUUAAGUCCUAAAAGUCCUUCAGCUAUAAGGUUUUUUUGGGAUCGACAAGUAAAUAAUACGAACACUCUACCAGUUAAUUUGGUAUUCUCUUAUACAUUUAGGGUUCAGAACACUGGCAAUGUACAAUAUUAAGAAAACAUUUGCUAUCUACAUGAAGUGAAGGAUCAGUGACUCAAGAUGAAGGUUGGCACAGCCUUUACCAUAUACAUGUUAGGGCUUGUACAAGAAGGUUUAGGGCGCUACAAGUAUUGGAAACCGGCGUCUGUAGACCUUGCCCUGUUGUUCACUUAUAGUGGUCAAAACAGCUCUGGCGUUCUUACGUCGCAAAUGCGAUGCUGGAACUGGGCUACUGCAAAGGACUGGACUUUCCUGGCCUGUUACACCCCUCUCACCGACGGCUCAGGAAACUGCUCACUAUGGGAUGACAAGCCCAUCAAGAAUGGGCUGGUCAACCUCACGGUCACCCCAGGAUCAAACAACUGCAUGGCUGUCUUCAAAACUGACGUCUGCGUGCUGCCGGGAAAUUCGCUCAUGGAGAUUGGAGAGACGAAGACCAACUCGUUUUGUCCAAAUUUGAAGGACGUAUGCCUGCCCAGUGGGAUGGUCGACGUGAACAGAGCAGCAGCGCCUCAGAGCUGCACAGCACCCUUCAAUGUCUCCGGUGACUUGUGUCUGAUGACGACGCCCGUGGGAUUUAAAACUACUUGGUGUCUGACGCGCGGAUUCUGCCUGGUGCGCGGAGCAGACCUCGCCUUUGCGCGCUCCGACCAAGAAUUCCAGCAGUUGCAAGCGUUCUUUAUUGCCUUUGGACAGAAUAGUAAGUGCGAGAAAUUGUAAUCAAAGAGUAAGUGAUCAAUGACCAUUUCAAUACUCGAUGCAGGUACUUUGUUCUUCCCGGCAUUGUGAUCAGUGAAUGUAAAUAGACUCACGCGAGAUAUGCACAGUAUCUUGUUGCCGACAUAUCUCUUCAAAAAUAUGGUAUUGAUCGUUAUACUUUCCUACGCAUCUUACCUGAAACUGAUCUUAUGGACCUGACUAGUGGGCUUGUGGCUUUUACGUACCAGUGCAACUAUAAAAUUCCACAUGAAUGCUAUUCACAUACCCUGAAUAAUCAUGUCAGGCGCAUGAUCGAAAAUCGGUUUGUUAGUUUCUUCACACAGAAUCAUUCAAAAUUAUAAAUUUAGAAUCAUGAACAAUAGAUGUAAGUCUUUGAUUUUUAGCACAUUCAUUUUAGUAAUCGAAAAUGAAAUUAUAGUUAAUCAGUUAACAAAUUAUAGGCUACCUAGAAUUAAAUAAUACGUAUCAUACAAUAAAAUUAAAUGUCUUCUAACCAUUAACCAUGUAUUCUAAAGAGUAUGUAAUUUACAGCAAUGCCGUGAGUAUUGAUUAGCCUAGUAUAAAUAUUACAAUACGAUGACUUCGAAAAAAAGUAAAUAGUCGCACGCUUCGUCAAAAUGUUUUCAUUUACAAGGCUACUGGUACAACCUGAAUGUAUCCGUUUAGUAGAAAAGUAUCAUCGACGUUGAAGAAAAGGCCUGUGGCUGAUUCAUGUACAGUCAAACGGGGUAAUUAGGGACGGGCGCGGUAAA